UUCGUCCAGCUGUCACCAUGGUUACCCUGCAGUCCAAGUGGCGCUUCCUGUUCAUGUUCCUGGGCAUCCAGCUGGUCGUCAUGGCGCUGCUGUCCCGGGAGGGCUACCACAAGCGGGUCAGCUACUUCAUCCGGAUCUUCCGUAAGGGCGAGGCGGCCGGCCCGGUCCGGAACCGCACCGCCGCCGCGCCGGGCGGCGGGGACGUCUACGCCAACCUGUCCCAGCUGUCCCGGGGACACGACCACGCCGACGACAUGCCUUACUGCCCCAAGACGUCCCCGCUCAUCGGUGGGCCGAUCCACGUCAGUUUCCCAUCCGGCCUGACCCUGGCCCAGGUCCAGAGGAAGAACCCCCUGGUGGUGAGUGGGGGGCGGUACCGGCCGCCGGACUGCGAGGCCCGCCACCGGACCGCCAUCAUCAUCCCGCACCGCCACCGCGAGCAUCACCUCAAGUUCCUGCUCUACUACCUGCACCCGUUCCUGCAGCGGCAGCAGCUCAGCUACGGCAUCUACGUCAUCCACCAGGCGGGGAAUUACACCUUCAACCGGGCCAAGCUGAUGAACGUCGGCUUCCGGGAGGCGAUGAGGGAGGAAGACUGGGACUGCCUCUUCUUCCACGACGUCGACCUCAUCCCCGAGGACGACCGCAACCUCUACGUCUGCGACGCCAACCCCAAGCACGCUGCCAUCGCCAUGGACAAGUUUGGCUACAAGCUUCCAUACAAAAUGUACUUUGGAGGCGUGUCGGCGCUGUCGCCGCUGCACUACCUGAAGAUGAACGGCUUCCCCAACAACUACUGGGGCUGGGGCGGCGAGGACGACGACAUCGGCGUCAGGGUGUCUCUGGCGGGGAUGUUCAUCAGCCGUCCGUCUCUGAAAGUCGGCCGCUACAAAAUGAUCAAACACAAGCUGGACAAGGGCAACGACGUGAACCCCAAGAGGUUCAACAUGUUGGCGAAGACGCGUCAGACCUGGAAGAUGGACGGCAUGAACACGGUGGAGUACGAGGUCGUCUCCAGGGACUACCUGCCCCUCUACACCAACAUCACCGUCAACAUCGGGACCGAGUCCGGCCUGCACCCGCCUGCGCAGAAACCCGCAGCAGAGAAACCUGCUGCAGCACAGAAACCUGCUGCAGCACAAACCUGCAGCAGAAAAAGCUGCUGCAGAGAAACUUGCAGCUAAUUCUUCAACCAAACUCCAGGAGAAACUUGCUGUAAAAUAAUCCUGUUGGUGUGAUUUCUGGUAGAAUGAAGCGAUAGCUCCCCCUUGUGGCUCCUGCGGUCGUCUGGAGCUGCGGAGAGGAGGAACCCGGUUGGACUCUGUGAGUUUGUGUGUCAGGCGCUGUCGCCGCUGUAUAAACCAUGAGGCCUUAGAA